AUGGCGAACAGGUUGGAUACCGCAACCAUGUCGUCUCCGCCAUCCAUCAACCAAGCUAAAGCCGGCAGCAGCGCAUCGAGACCUAUGAACAAUGGAAAUGUCGUUAAGCGACUCCAGUCAGAACUAAUGACCCUCAUGACAUCGCCUACCACCGGUAUCUCCGCCUUCCCCUCCAACACCGACAUCACAAAAUGGAACGCCACGAUGGUCGGACCUAGCGGCACACCCUACGAGAAUCUAAACCUCAAAUUGACCCUCUCAUACCCGACCAACUACCCAUACGCGCCGCCGGAAGUACUGUUCAAGACACCCAUAUACCACCCGAACGUCGACUUCUCAGGCAGAAUCUGCUUGGAUAUCCUGAAGCCUGGUGGUGAAGGCAAGGAAGGAGCAUGGAGCGCGGUGCUGAAUACUGGGAGCGUUCUGCUGAGCAUCCAAAGCUUGCUUGGAGAGCCGAAUAACUCAUCACCACUCAACGGAGAGGCGGCCACGCUUUGGGACACCGACAUGGCCGAGUUCAAGAAGAAGGUCAUCGCGAGACAUCGGGAUUUGACUGAUGAGGAUCAGAAUUGA